AUGGCAGGUGCUUUUCUAGUGACGUAUGGCAUUGCCAUGGUGUUCUGUGGGAUUCCGAUAUUUUUCCAAGAAGUGGCUAUUGGCCAGUAUCUUGGGGCUGGAGGGAUGACUUUAGUCGGGCAGUUAUGCCCCCUGAUGCAAGGUGUUGGAUAUGCCACGAUGACGAUAGUAUUUUUCCUAGACGUGUACUACUGCAUUAUUAUCGCGUGGACGCUUUUCUAUCUGAUAAGCACUUUCCUAAAUAUACCGAACAUACCAUGGAGGAAUUGUGGCAACUGGUGGAACACCAAAGAUUGCUACGACGGCCUCGAAAAUGUUGAGAAACUCGAUUCUGACAUUGAUCAUGGUGACUCGAAUAGCACAAAUUCGACGUACGUGAAUCAUAACGAUACCAUUUCACACCAUACUACUCCGGUGGAGGAAUACUGGGAACGGAGAGUUCUUGGGAUGACUUCCGGUAUCGAAAGCAUCGGUGGCAUACAGUGGGAGCUGCUGGGUUGUCUGACAAUCGGCUGGCUGUUCAUUUACUUAAUCAUCCGACGCGGUCUGCACCAGAGUGGUAAGAUCAUCUGGUUUUCAGCCUUGUUUCCCUACGUGGUACUUUUUAUUCUUUUGGGAAGAGCGAUUACAUUGGACGGUAGCUAUGACGGUUUGCUCUACUACAUCACGCCAAGAUGGAACGAACUGAUGUCGCCUGGCCCGUGGAUCGACGGCGCCACGCAAAUUUUCUUCGCCUACAGUAUCGGCACCGGAGCCCUGCCUGCUCUCGGAUCUUACAACAAGUUCCAUCACAAUUGUUACAAAGACACGCUAAUCACUUGCAUAGUGAACACGUUAACCUGCUUACUGGCUGGCUGCGUCACUUUCUGUAUCUUGGGUCACAUCGCUCUGGAGCAAGGCACACAAGUAUCGGAAGUGGUGAAAAGCGGGCCAGGAUUAGUGUUUCUCACUUAUCCAGAGGUGGUUCUGAAGUUGCCUGGUGCACCAAUGUGGUCCAUCAUCUUCUUCAUCAUGCUGCUCAUAUUAGGAAUCGAUAGUGAGUUCUGUAUCGUGGAAUCCUUUAUCACUGGCAUUAUUGAUAAUUGGCCCAAUCUCCGUGCCCAUAGAAACAAGUUUACCAUUGCAAUCUGCUGUCUCAUGUUCUCCCUGGGUCUGACGAUGGUGACCAAUGGUGGAAUUUAUAUAUUUCAAUUAAUGGAUUUCUAUUCAGCGAGUGGGAUGUCCAUUCUGUGGGUUUGUUUCUUCCAAACGAUCGCGAUAUCGUGGAUUUUUGGAGCGAGAAAGUUCUGCGAUUGUAUUCGUCAGAUGAUGGACAUACAGCUGAACAAAUUUUGGUACAUAUGCUGGGUGGUGCUUGCACCGAUGACUAUGGCUGUGAGUAUCGUGUUUAUAUUCAUCUUUGUGUUUCAAUGCGUGCAAUAUAAACCGUUGAAGUACGGGAACAAUUAUGAAUAUCCAACUUGGGCGGAGGUCGUGGGUUUCUGUCUCAGUUUCUCAUCCAUGAUCUGGAUUCCAGCUUAUGCUCUCUAUUAUAUCGUCGUCACUCCAGGAUCCAUUAAAGAGGUGAAACAUUUACAUAAUAUCGCCAAAGGUUUGCAGCCGAACAUCAAAUCACAGACAAAACCACGAAAGGGCAAGAAAUCAACAGCGAUACCGAUGUCAGAGAGCAGCGCCGGCUUAAUCACCAAGAACAAUAGUUUCCUCAGUCAAACAUUACCUCCGUAA